AUGCUAGACGUUGUAACACCUCCACUUAACGAUGAGGAUGCUCCAGCAGAUAUUGAAACAUAUGAGCGUCUAAAGUACAUUGCCCUUUACCCAUUCCAUAUCGAGUAUCUUGCUUUAAAGGGCGUUUUAAUCGAAUUGUUUUUUGCAACUCGUGAUUUUCUUCUCUUACCAAUCUUUUUAAUCAAAAAUACAAAAGAUCCACUUAAAAAGCAAUAUAACUCUGUUGUUGCCUUAGGUUUAAUUGUUACUUGCUCAAUCAUGCACGGUUUAUCUAUUACAAUUGAAGAUGCUGUUGCUUUAAUUUCCAAUCAGAAGAUUUACAAGAUCUGGGCCAUCUAUACGAUUGUCAUCAUCAUGGUUAGAUACACUCCUAAGAUGCAUAAUAUGGGUUAUCAGGCAAUCCGUGGUGCUCUUCGUCUUAAGAGAUCGCUUCUUGGUCCGAUCAUCACAAAGAUCAUCUGCGAUUCCUUCGAAUACUCUCUCUACACUCUACAAGCCGGAACUUUAAUUGCAGGAUCUGGUGGAAAGAACAACUUAUUCAUUUCAGCUGUUCUUCACAUCGAAUUCAUCAUCUUCAAGAAAUUCAUUCCAAAGGCUACAGAUGGCAAUCCACUCGUUUAUGAAGCUACAAAUCGUAUUUUGAUGUGGAUUGCUGUUCUUAACCACUGGCAGUUCGGCAAAUACGGUGAAUGCUACAUCAUUAUCUUAUGCGAGUACUUAUUUGCUAUCAUCAGAUUCUAUUUCGUUGCAUUUUCUGAUGAAGCAAGUAAUUACGAAAAGAAGAUGGAAAAAUGUGUUAAACAAGCCGAAGCCGAACUCAAUGGUAUCUACAAGGGUCCUCUCUCCUCUUCAUUCUACGUUUAUGCCCCUCAUGAGAGUAUUGCUUUGAUUCUUACAACAUUUACAAGAGUUGGAUCAUACAGAUUCAGAUUCAUGUCUGUUAUCGUUCUUGUUGCCAUGGUUGUCAUUUCUACCUUCGUUCCAAACAUUAUUUUCAGAAAAUCUGACAUUGAUCAGGACAAGAAGGAAAAGGAGGAUGCUGAUGCAGGAGAUGAUGGAAAGCCAAAGGAAAAGAAGGAGAAAUCUCCAAAGAAACAGAAACCAGAAGAAAACGAUGAAAAACCAGAAGAAAAGAAUGAAAAUCAAACAGAGGAAAAGAACGAAAAGCCAGAAGAAAAGGAAGGAAAGGUAGAAUAA